UGAUACCAUUGAAUGAUCAUAUCAGUACUCCAGCUGAUUUACCUUCUUUGUUGAAUGGGCAUUACCUCUCUCCAAGUUUGCAUGGAUACCUCUGAGUGGUUACAGGGUAUGACACACGAGGAAGCACAGAUGGAUUCAUCUUCAUCGCCUUCUGGUGAUAUAAUCACAUGCUCAAGGCCCUUAAUCGAGAGGAGACUAAGGCCUCCACAUGAUCAAGCUCUCAAGUGUCCUCGCUGCGAUUCCACACAUACUAAAUUCUGUUACUACAACAACUACAGUCUCUCCCAGCCAAGAUACUUCUGCAAGACAUGUAGAAGGUAUUGGACCAAGGGAGGUUCCCUACGCAACAUCCCGGUUGGUGGUGGCUGCAGAAAGAACAAGAAGGUGUCUGUUAACAAGAAAUCCAGUGAUAACAAUCAAACACUUAACCAACACCCCACCACCUCAUCAUACUCACACGACGGCACUGAUCUGCACUUAUCAUUUCCUGAGUUGCAUCUUUCACACCUCACAUCCCUUUUAGGGCAUUCUUCUGGGAAUCUUGGGAACCCUCUUCUAAUGGAGAGCAAGUACAAUGCUCUACUAGAAAACCCUUCAAGGCCAACUGUUGAUUUCAUGGAGAAUAAGUUUGAUGCCAUACUUGGAAACCCUAGAAACCAUGACUUCAUGGGAAGCAAUCAUGAAUUGGGUCUUAUGAGUGGUUUUGGUGAUGUGGGUCAUAAUGGGUUUACACCUUCUAAUCUCCAUAGUCUCUGUUCACCAUAUGGGAAUGGGAUUUGCUUAGAUGGGAACAAUAAUGCUACUGUAGUAGAUACUUGUCAGAGGCUAAUGCUUCCAUUUGAUCAAGGAAGUAAUGAGGAUCCAUUAAAUGCUGUAGAGACAAAACCAAAUAAACAGUUCUUGUCUCUUGAAUGGCAGGAUCAAGGUUGCUCUGAAGUUGGAAGAGAUUCCUUUGGGUAUUUGAAUAGUCUUGGAUCAUGGAAUGGUGUAAUGAAUGGUUAUGGAUCUUCUACUUCAAACCCAUUAGUUUAAAUUAAUCCAAUUACUUCUUAUUAUCUAUUUCCUUGAAGCAUGACUGCAUGGAAGACGGCUGCAGAAGGAAAUAAUUCACUUCAUCUGUCUUUAGUGAUUGUUUUUUUAAUAUAUUGAGCCUUUUUUUUUUUUUUUAUUUGUUUUUUCUUUCCCACUUCUUUUCUUCCAUCAUUUGCGAUGAGUUGUAUCUUGGGAGAAAGACAUUCAAAGUUGUAGGAUUUUGUUGUAAUACUCGAGAAAGAUAUAUUAUCGCUUUUUAGAAGAA